AUGAUUAUUAAAGCACAUGUAGUGGUCUGUCUAGCUUUAAUUUAUUCUCAGAUUGCGGUGAUCGCAUUUCAAGGAAUAAUAGCCUACGGAGCAUACUAUUACCAUUCCAGUAACCCUGAAGCUGCACGAAGUCUCCAAAACUGUAUAAAUCCAUCAGCUGAAUUUUGGUUUAAUUCUGACAGAAAUCUGAUGACCAAAGAACCAUCCACUUGGGAACAGUUCAGUUAUGAAAUACUCUACAUGCCAGCUAACCUUACUUACUAUGUAGCUCUUGUUAUGUUUAUAAAGAACAAUAUAAGAUCAAGCAAAACAUGGGUCACUAAAUGUGUAGGAUUCUUUAUCUGUAUUCUCUCCUUUAUCACUACAAGCAGAGACUUUGGAUUGAUCAUCUAUAGAAUGUUCGAGUAUGAGUUGAAUAGCUGGGUGCACUAUCCGAUAUUUAUCUAUCUGUUCAUCCUUCUUUUCCUUGUCAAUAACAUUCUUCUAAUUCAAAUCUUUGCAUUCUUCCAAAGUUACAAGUUCUUUGGUCUCAAAACAGACGAGACGAUAUUAAGCUCAAUUAUUGGAGUUUACCACAUUUUUCAAGGAUUAUGAGUUGCUGGAAGUUUCUUUAUCAUGCCUUAUUUUAAAUUCAUGAUAGACAAUAUGUACAUUGUUGUUCUUCAGAAUUUAUUCUGGGCUUUUCUGAUUGCUUACAGUUUACGCCUUAGAGAAAGAUACAAAAGUACAAGAGCAGGUAUUAAUUUUUGGACUGAAUGGCUGUUUACUUUAUGUCUCAGUCUUCAUUUGUCAUUCACAGUGGACUAUUUUUAUAUCUUUGAAGGUACUCAGCAUUCAGUAUUAAUGAAGAUAGUUUUAUGUCUGGUAUUUUUAAUGAUUCAUAUUGGCUUAAUUCAAGUAUAUUUGAUCCACCAAUCAUAUUUUUGAAAGCCUUAUAUUCCUCCAUGUGGUAGAGAAGGAACUCAGAGAAUUCUCCAGCUCGAUUAUGAUUGUGAGAACAACAGCAUAAAUGAUCCUGAAAACCUAAAGUGAGACUAUUGCAUGAACAAUCUCUUAGAGCCUUGUCUUGAAUAUAUUUCAAUUACUUCUAAGAACGCUAAAACCUACAAGAAGCUAAAACUGAUCCCUCGUGUCUACAUCCAGACCAGAUGUCCUUCCAACCUGCAUCUAGAAUGCUUUUUCAGGUCUUAUGACUCUACCUACAGCUGCCCAGUCUGAAUGUCUAGUCUGAACGGAGAGCUUAUGAAAGAAGAUGAUUAUUAUGAACUUUAUUGAUAG